AUGUCUUCUAUCAAUGCAUCUCCUGCCACCUACUCCUUCUUAGAAGAUAAUACUUUCUGCAGUUUUUCCCUGCAGCCCCAAACUGUCAACAAUAUUGGCUCUUUGGCGCUUAACAACACUCAGCCAUCUUCCGCAUUCAACCACCUCAAUUCUGGAUACCUUGGUCUGCUUGAAAGUGAAUCUACUCCAAUUGAACAAGACAUUGAACAAAUUACUCUCUACAACACAUUCAGCAUGGGACACUAUCUCAGCACAGAUACAAAUGUCAUCAACACUCAAGUGGAACCUUUGUCCAGCCAUAUUGCACCAAUUGGAGUUCAAGCUCCUCCAUACAGUCUUUCUACCAGCUCUCCUUUCUGGAAUUUGCCUAUGCUUUUCACAAGUCAAGGGCAGAGUAUAACAUUACCCUUAUUGUAUAAUACAACAUACUCCUUUCCUCCAAGAAUUGAUCCAAUUCCUUAUCCGCAACAGCCGCCCAUUAUUCCAGAAAACUUACAGUCAAGCAACAACAAUAACAUCAAUCAUAAUUGCAAUCAGAAACAAAAUACCAGUGAUGUCAAGCUUCAAAUUAUACAAUACAAUGUCUUUCCGUCUCCUACUUUAUUACAUGAUCCAAAUUCUCGCAAGACUACAAAGAUGAAUACUUAUUCUAAGCGUUAUAUUUGUAAAGAAUGCGGCUAUUGGAGUGAUCGUAAAAGUAACGUAGAUAGGCACUUUUUGAAACACCUUCCCAAUUGGAAAAAGCACAAAUGUCCUGUAUGCAAAAAUCGCUUUAGUACCAAAUUCAAUCUCAAAAGACAUAUGCUUUGUACUAAGAAAUGUAAAAUAGAUCAACCUCAAUAG